GUCAGAAGAGAAUAGGACUUUCUGAGGUCUCCUUAAGCAUUUGAUUCCCACGAAGGGGUCACGCCAUUAUGUUUCCAAUUCAUACAGCUUGUAGUAACUUAUGAGAGAGAGAAGAUCAGAAAUGAGUACGCGGAAAGCGAGUACUGUAAUGUCUUGGAACAUAUGGACCAGCUACCUUUCAAGAGCACUUUGACUGUAAUAUUGGGAUUCACAGCACUGACAUGUGUUCAACGAUGGAUGGACGUCUACAACCUGCUUGUAUGGCCCGAGAAUGUGGCUCUAAUGUUCAACUCAUGGUUUCGUGAUGAGGCUGUAGCCCCAGAGGAAGCUCGAAUUAUACGUCAUUCGGUCUAUAGAUAUCUUCUAUUGACUUAUAUUCUUUUACUACGAGAUGUUUCAAUUCCUAUAAAAAAGCAAUUUCCCACAUAUCAACAUCUAAUUCAAGGAAAAUUACUCACAAAGGAGGAGUUGGAAUUGAUGGAAUCCAGUAAUAUUGAUCCGAAUUACUGUCGUUAUUGGAUGCCACUUUUAUGGAUUUGUCAACUCGUGAAGAAAUACUACAAGUGUCUAAUACUAGUUUCGAUUCCAUUAAAAGUCCAUGAGCUAUCGGCCUUGCCCUCAAAUUCAGCUACCCAUAAAUUAUUGGGUAUACCAAACCAUAUGGGCAGACAUAGUAUUGCCUCUGUAGGUCUACGGGGAGUACAUGACGCAUACCAACCAAUGAAGUUACUGUGUGAUAAGAAACAUGCUAGUAUUCCACCCUCCCUCGAAAGUAAUACCCCGCUCAGCUCCCCACAGAUGGGCGGAGCUGGCAUGAGGCCGAUAUCUGCGGCUGACCAAUGA